AUGGCCGACGUAAAGACAAGAAAAAUUUGAGAAAAGAAAAGAUUUUGUACAUAGUUAAACACAACUUAAACAUGUCCCCAAUGAUAAUACGAAUACAAUCCCGGGAAGGGACAGCGAGAGUGAGAGCUUCGCCGGACGAUACGAUUUCUUCAUUUUUAUCCAAUGUUGCAAAAGAGCUAUCCCUUCCCAAGAAAGGGUGGAUAUUGUAUAAAAACAGAAAUAAAACAGAUAAAGUUGAAAACUCUACAAGAAAAACCUUGAAUUAUUUAUCAAUCAAGCACGGAGAUAUGUUAUUCCUUGAUACCAUUAAGAAGGAUGAGUCAGAGUCAGAAGGRAAAUCCUCAGUAGAGAACCUUAAAGAGGAUGAAAUUGAUAUAUUUCUCUCUAAACAAGAUGGACUUAUUCACCGAAAAAAAGACCCUCACAUGUGUCACCAUGGAGACCAUAGCAAGUGCAUCCAUUGUGUUCCCUUAGGUAAGCAGUAUGUUAAGCGCUAUANUCCACCCAUCAAACAUAUGUCUUUUCAUGCUUACCUGAAGAAAAUGUCACAUGGAACAGAUAAGGGGAAGUUUGCCGUCAUUGAAGAUAUAAGUUGUAAAAUCAAGCCAGGCUGUACAGAGCAUCCACCUUGGCCUGGUGGUAUUUGUACAAAAUGCCAACCCAGUGCUAUUACACUAAAGAGACAGGCAUAUAGACAUGUUGAUAAUAUACUGUUUGAAAAUCCCUCAAUUGUGGAACCAUUUCUAGAUUAUUGGAGAAAAACAGGAAAUCAGCGUAUUGGUUUUCUUAUUGGUCGAUAUGAACACCAUAAAGAAGUUCCUCUUGGUAUWAGAGCAGUUGUUGCUGCUAUAUAUGAACCCCUUCAGGAGUGUACUCCAGACAGUGUAGAACUUGUUCAAGACCCCAACAUAGGAAUAGUSCAACAGCUUGCUGCAAACCUUGGUCUUCAAGUUGUUGGCUGGAUAUUCACUGACUUAGUCCCAGAGGAUGUCAAGAARGGAACAGUAAAACAGCUGAGAGGAAUAGAAACUCACUUUUUGACAGCAGAAGAGUGUAUAAUGGCUGGCGAUUUCCAGAAUCAGUUUGCAUCAGUGUGCCGGUUUGCAAAAACUGGGAAAUUUGGGUCAAAGUUUGUAACUGUUGUCGUAUCAGGUCAUGAAGGAAGUCAGAUUGGGUUUGAUGGAUAUCAGGUGUCUAAUCAAUGCAUGGCUUUAGUGAGAGAUGACUGUCUUGUCCCUACAAUAGAUGAACCUGGUCUUGGCUAUGUAAGGGAAUCCACCAGUGAACAGUAUGUUCCUGAUGUCUUUUACAAAACCAAAGACACCUAUAACAAUGARGUUACAUUACUUGCGCGUCCUAUGCCAAUAGAGUAUGUCUUAGUACAGGUUCCAGCUGCAUUUCCAGUUGAACCUUUGUAUACUUUUCCUUUACCAAGAAAUGGUGGUGUUUUUCCAAUAGAACACAGAGAAAACAUUGGAGAAUGCCAGAAUCUAGAUGCUGUCAUGAAGCACCUGAAUCAUUUUYCCCCUAGUGAUCUCUUACAAGCAAUGAGCAAUUUUCAUCUUCUAGUAUUCCUUGCAACCACUGACAUGUUACCAUUGNAGAACUCAUUAGCAACAUUGUGUCAAGCAAUUAAGUGUAACGAUAUGGAAGCUUUAGAUAAAUGGAGAAAGAGUGAACACUGGAGAACAGUAGAAGAGAUUAUUGCUGCRCAUGGGCCCACACCUGGUCUGUCAUCAUCACACUUACCUGGCGAUGUUGAUAUGGAAGAUGUCAGCCAACAGACUGGUGGAUCUUCAUGGACUUGCAAGCAUUGUACUUUUAUCAAUCAAGURAUGGAGUCAUGUGAGAUGUGUGGAUUACCACGCAGCUGAGUCACAAACAAACAACUUCAUUCUCUACGGGAAAACUGCCAGUUGGAUCCUGACCUUUGUAUCUGUACUGUAGUUUAAUACAGGAUAUUUUAUUGAACUUCUGUCAUUUGAGCUCAUUUGUUUUCCUGUUGUAAAAACCACAAUAUGGCAUUCUCCAAGAAGGGACAUAUUUAGAAGGAGUGCAAGACUCAGGGAUGGACUGCAAACUCUGUAGAAAAGCUCCCAAAAGUAUCAACUUAUACUUUUAUUAAAUAUGUAUACAGUCAAUUCAAAGGAUGUUGAAUAUUAUAGCAUAUGAGCGUUAUCACAAGGAAUACUUCAUUUUAUGAGUUCCGAGUGCCAUCUUAAAAGCCUUUGCAUCAAAGUGAGACAGGAUGUGAGCCURCAGUGAAAGAUACCUUUUGUUCAMACCUAAGAUWAUUAUUAGGUAUCCAUCAUUGCAAGCUCAAKUUCUGUCKAGCUUUGAUAUGAAGGUUUUGCUACUUUUCAUGAUGCAACAGGAACUGUAAAGCUUUACAGCAAAUUUUAAUUGAAAAUGAUAGGACAAUGUCACUGAGCUCAUUUAACAUCUAAACAUUGAGAAUUUAGAGUCCUUUCAUUUCCAAAAUACACAUUUUUUUGUCUACAACUGACGCAGUUAAUCCAUGAAACUUAAAAAAUACAAAAUAUUAAUAACUUAUGCUAAUUACUUUUGUUUUCUAUUGUCUAAUCAACACUGUGUAGUAGUAAUUCAGGUUGAGUGCUUGCACUUAAAGCGUGAAAAAAAUAGUACUAAUUACUACUAAAUAGUGUUGAUUAUGCAAUAGGAAACAAAGAAAUUUGUAUAAUUUAUCACCUAUUUUGUAGUAUUUAUAUUUCACGCAUUUAAUGUGAGUACUCUAGACUACUAUUUGUUUCAUGCAUUAAGUGCAUCCAUUCUAUAAAACUAUGCAAGGCAAUAGUUUUAACAAUGUAUUGCAGGUCCUGGUUGUUCCAAGCUUGAUUAAUCUUGAGCCAGAAAUCAGGAUUACGGAUCUUAUUAUUAGUAAUUAUUGCAGUUUAUUUAAGUAAUUAAUCACAGUAUACUUUAUAUUUUAGCUAUAACUUAUAUAAACUURUAAGUUAUGUUAUUCAUUAGAGUACAAGCACUAAAACUGUGCAACAUAACUACCAGUAAAUACUGCUAAAUUAUGCUAAUUUUAUUGUUUUCUAUUGUUUAAUUAACACUAUUUUGUAGUAAAUAGUGUAAAAUAAUGCACACAUUUAAUGUUUGUACUCUAUGUAGCAUUCAGGUAUUUGACAUCUUUUUGAAAUGGCUAGUCAUGAUUAGGGAACAUAUAUACCGAAGAUGCAAGAAUUUGUGUUCUACCUCCCCAUUUUUCUGCACAUAAACCCUUUCCAAAUUUUUGUGGUUGCUUUGGAUGUUGUUGGCUCUUGAGAAGGAUAAACAUAUAAGAAUUAAUUGAAAAUUAAAAUUAAAUAUUUGUACUCAAAA